CUCGAGAAGCUGCCCUACCUUACAGCAGUCAUCAAGGAAGGCCUGAGAAUGGCAAUGGGUGCAAUGAACCGCUCCGCGCGUGUAUCCCCCUACGAAGAUCUCCAAUACGGCAAAUGGAUCCUCCCAAAGGGCUUUCCGGUCUCGAUGUCUUCUUACUGGAUGCACAAUGAUCCCAAUGUCUUCCACAAUCCCGAAAUAUUCAUGCCAGAGAGAUGGCUGUGUGGUCCAGAUGAGCUGAAGAUGAUGAAUGGCUCCUUUGUUCCUUUUUCGCGAGGCUCACGAGGCUGUUUGGCCCGAAAGUACAUCAACGUCAUCAAUCUAUUUGCCUCUUCACCGCCUUCUGCUUUUGGUCAGAGACUGACAACGUGA